UCUCGCGGUUUACCUCAACCCGUUCGUUGAAACGCCAUAUAUCCAGUCUUUUAUCGCGAUACCCGAACCCGUUUAGGUGUCAACCGACAACAACAACAUCAUCAUGUCUACCGCAGUCAUCAACGCCGACGACGACCACCUGGAGCCCACGCUCCAGUCGAUUCUCGACCAGCGCUCGCUGCGCUGGAUCUUCGUUGGCGGCAAGGGUGGUGUCGGCAAGACGACGACAUCGUGCAGUCUGGCCAUCCAGCUGGCCAAGGUCCGCCGUUCGGUCCUGCUCAUCUCGACCGACCCCGCCCACAACCUCAGCGACGCCUUCAGCCAAAAGUUCGGCAAGGAGGCGCGUCUGAUCGAUGGCUUUAACAACCUCAGCGCUAUGGAAAUUGACCCCAACGGUAGCAUCCAGGAUCUCCUGGCUGGCCAGGGCGAGAAUGAGGGUGCUGGUGAUAUGGGUGGUGUGGGCGGCAUGAUGCAGGAUUUGGCGUUUGCGAUCCCCGGUAUCGAUGAAGCCAUGUCCUUCGCCGAAGUCCUCAAGCAAGUCAAGUCGCUCUCGUACGAGACCAUCAUCUUCGACACAGCACCCACCGGCCACACGCUGCGCUUCCUGCAGUUCCCCUCAGUCCUCGAGAAGGCCCUGGCCAAGGUUUCGCAGCUCUCUUCGCAAUACGGCCCCCUGCUCAACGGCUUCCUCGGCUCCAACGGCACGCUUCCCAACGGCCAGAACCUGAACGAGAUGAUGGAAAAGCUCGAGACGUUGCGGGCGACCAUCUCGGAGGUGAACACGCAGUUUAAGGACGAGCGCCUGACCACGUUCGUGUGCGUCUGCAUCCCCGAGUUCCUGUCGCUGUACGAGACGGAGCGCAUGAUCCAGGAGCUGGCCAGCUACGGGAUCGACACCCACAGCAUCGUGGUCAACCAGCUCUUGUUCCCCAAGCCCGGUUCCGACUGCGAGCAGUGCACGGCCCGCAGGAAGAUGCAGAAGAAGUACCUGGAUCAGAUCGAGGAGCUGUACGACGAGUUCAACGUUGUCAAGAUGCCGCUGCUGGUGGAGGAGGUCCGUGGUAAGGAGAGGCUGGAGAAGUUUAGCGAGAUGUUGGUUAAGCCUUUUGUGCCGCCACAAUAGGAGGCUUAUAUCAUAUAAUAUAAAAGGCGUAAUAAUGAUAAUCUACAAAUUCUCGUCGUCUUGUCUGGUCGUGACCAAGACACUGAGGCCGUGAUGGGAAUAGGCUUUUGGGUCUAGACACUGCGCCGAAGGUUAAUUCACUUCAAGCCAUAUUUGGAAAUACAACACAGUCACACAUGGAACACAAGAGAGGAAAGACCAGAAAAAAAACACUUGUUUUCUAUUACGAUACCUAGACCUCGAAAGCAAUCUAAACCGAGUAACACGUGCAGCAAAAUCAAAGCAGCUAUAAAAGACGGAGUGAG